GGUCGCAUGCAGCGCUAGCGAUAAAAGCCCAUAGUAAGAAAAACAAAACAAAACAAAAUAAAAUAUAACAGACUAGACCGAGAAAGGGAGGGAAGACGCUUUCCUGCUUUUUUAUGGUGCACGCAUCCACGGCGGGGGUAGAGAGGGAAGCAAGAGAGGAAGAAGAGUGCAGGGUACUACUGCCGGCCCUCGCUCUCCUCCCCCAGCCAAAACCCACCCAGAGAGAAGGCGACAGAGAUAUUGAAUAGAGAUGGAACUGGGUAAAAGUGGGGAGGAACAAAACCUUCAGUUCAUAACAAGUGUCCCUUGAUAUGGGAGCUCAAGCAGCACACAGUUCUUCAGUGUUUUGCUGCUAUUAUUAGGUUGAUAAAUGCACGGAAGAUAGGAGAACAAAACCCGUCGAUCUGGAGGCUAUAUAUAAUGGCAUCAACCCUUCCAAGAGCAAUGAACAGGCUGAGAGCAAAGCAAUUGUGUGCGUGUGGCGCUGGUUUUGAUGGCUUGUUGAGUUUCUGUGUGGGAUAUUGUGUUAUCAGAUAAAAAAGCAUGUCUCUUAGUGGCGACGGGAAGAGGACAUUGGAAGAAUUAGUGGGAGAAGCAAAGGAAGAAGAGCAAGCUAUUUUUGUGGGAGAGCAUAAGAAGCAGAGGAGGGGAGGGAAAAAAGAGGGGUCGGAGCCGAGAUCGGUGCUGGAGACCAGGCGGAGCCUGAGCCCCCCAACCUCUACUUCCACCCUCUCUCCAUCCCUGUGCGGCGGAGGCGGAGGAGGCUCCUCCGACACCGCCUGCUUGGCCGCGGCGGCAGCGGUCUCAGAUGGCCCACUCGCCAAAGAGGGCGGCGGCGCCGAGGCCCAGCGGAGGGAGGAGUGGGCCUUGGAGCUGCAGCCCAUCACGGCCGGCCUGGACAUCGGCUUCACCAGCGGCGAGAGAGGCGGGCUCGGGAUGGAGGACUGGGAGGCCGUCUUCUCGGAGCCCGCCGGCUCCCCCGGCCAGGACCAGACGUCGCUCCAUUGGAUCAUGGGCGACGUCGACGACCCCACCAACUUCCCCGCCCUUUCUGUUGGAGUGAUGAAGAAAUCAAGAAGCAAUGAAACGCCGGAAAACGAAGUCAGUGGAGCACUUUCUUCCUCCGGCGCCGCCAGCGGCGGCUCGAGGCAGCAAGCUCUGUUCUCCCCAGUUCCGACCGAAUUCGAUGACCACAGUGCUGGUUUGGGCUUUGGCGGGCUUGUCGAUCCAGGCUCCGGCGUCGGAACCAUCGGAGGAAUGGAUGACGCCCCGUCGGUCUGCACCUCCACCAUCACUCUUCCCACCACUCCUCCUUUCUCUUGUUCUAAUCAUUCUUCCGGCGCUGGGGGGCUCUCUCUUUCAAGCAGCAAUAGCAGCACCAGUAGCAGCAGAAUUCCUCCACCGCCGCCAAACACCGUCAUCCAAGAUCCCACCUUUGGUUGCCAACCCAGCCAUACUCUCUUCCCGCCACCGCGGCCCGCCACCGUCAUUCCGUCGGCGCCGCCGCAGGCGGGGAUGUGCUUCCAAGAGCCCAUCGUGGACAGGCCUCAGCUCUUCUUCUCCAACCCUCUCCUCAACGAACAGCUCCAACUUCUCGCGCCUCCUAACCCGGGCUUCUUCGUCCCCGCGCCCUCCUUCGUCUCCUCCUCGGCCACGCACCAGCCCCUGUUGCCGCCGCAGCUCUUCUCGUCCCGAAUUCCAACCAGACCUCCCUUCCCUCACCCCUCUGGCAGGCCGGACCUCUUCCUCCAAACAAGCCACCUCGCCCAACAGAGCUUCCCCUCGUCACAAUCCAUUGCUUACCAUCAAAAGCAGAGGUCGGCGUCCGGCGAUGACGCGGCCUCCCAGCAGCAGGAGCAGGCGUUGGUGGAGCAGCUCUUCAAGGCCGCGAAGAUGGUGGAGGCUGGAGAAUCGGAUGGCGCGCGUGGGAUAUUGGCGCGGCUCAAUCACCAGCUUCCCUCCCCACAGGGGAAGCCCCUCAUCCGCUCCACUUUCUACUUCAAGGAGGCCCUCAACCGUAUCCUUAAUGACGCCGCCUCCAAUUCCACCCAAUCACCGUCGCCAGCCAACACGCACCGAGCCUUCCCAAACCCCAUCUCCUGCGCUGUGGAGUCCGUGCUCAAGCUCGCCUCUCUCAAGUCCUUCUCCGACGUCUCCCCCAUCCUCAUGUUCACCAACUUCACCUGCAUCCAGGCCCUCCUCGAGAGCCUCGCCGGCGCCGACUGCAUCCACAUCGUCGACUUUAAUGUCGGCAGCGGCACCCACUGGUCGGCCUUCAUGCAGGAGCUGGCCCAAAGGAGCUGCACGGCCGGCGGGCCCCCGAUGCUCAGAAUUUCCGUCUUCGUCUCGCCGGAAGCUUACCACCCGUUCGACCUCGAGCUUGCUUGUGGCACCCUCGCCUUUUGGGCCGCCCGCCUUAAUAUUCCAUUUGAAUUCAAUGUCAUGGACCUCGACAACUUCGACCCUGUGGCGAUCCGCGGCCUGGUUGACGCACCCAUUGCCGUGAACCUCCCCGUCUGCUCUGCGCACAACCUAUCCCCGACCCUCCUCCGCCGCGUGAAGCAGCUCACCCCGAAGGUCGUGAUCUCGGUGGACCUCGGGCGUGACCGCAGCGAGCUUUCCUUCUCGCACCAUUUCCUCCAUGCCUUCCAGUCUUGCAUGGUCCUCCUCGACUCCAUCGAUGCUGCGGGCACCAGUCGGGAAGUGGCCAUGAAGAUCGAGCAGUUCUUACUGUGGCCGAGGAUUGAGAGCAGCGUCCUCGGGCGCCACCGUGCCAGCGACAAGAUGCUCCCAUGGCGGACACUCUUUGCGUCGGCUGGUUUUGUGCCCCUGCAGUUCAGUAGCACUACUGAGUUGCAGGCUGUCUGCCUCUUGCAGAGGGUGCCGGUGAGGGGCUUCCAUGUGGAGAAACGCGAGGGUUCGCUGUUCCUUUAUUGGCAGCAUCAAGAGCUUGUCUCUGUGUCAGCUUGGAGGUGCUGAAGUGCUCUCCUCCAAUCCCAAGCCAAAGGUACAAAGCCAACUGCUCCAAUCUCCAGAGGCAGAGAGGGUCGAUUGCCAGGAUGGUAUGGUUAAUCUCAUGGGAGUAACGAUCGGCUGGGUCAAAUUAAUUGGGCCCAGGGUAUCACAGAUCAGGACAAGGCAUCCAAAUGCACCUUUUGGAAGGGUAUAUUUGGGGGAAGCUGGGGAUAAAAUGGCUAAGCUCCCAUGAAUGGUAACCACUCGUGCAAGCUUGUGUGUGGUUUCUGGUUCUCGCCGAGGAGAGGAUAAGCAGAGCCAGACCAGUUCCAAGGACAACCAGUACAAGGCAAAAAGUUUCGUGAACUGUUAAAAUGGUGAUUGGUACCUUUACAUGAGCUACAUGCAAAUUUGUAAUGGAAAGCUUUUAUUCACCACUCUAUGCCUUGGGAAAUAGGAGGCAUCUUAGAAUGGAGUUGCAUCAAAAGAGGUCUUUGUAUCCGGGAUUCGAAAUCAUGAAGAAUAAAAUAAAUGGAUUUAAUCUGUGUUAAAG